AUGUCUUUUGACACCGACAAUGGCAAUGGCAACGACAAGCCCGCCAAGAGAGAUACGAUCCCAGCCUUGUGGUCAGCUAAGCAUAUCCCGCAUAGCGCAGAAUUCCCCGACCCGUACGAGUUAAUCGGAGAUGCAUAUGAACGGAUACCAGUUGCAGAUGAGUGGGAAAUACCGGAUCCCAACAGCAAGAGGCUACCAUAUUUGGCGCACAUCAAGUCGCUAUCGACUUCAUGGAGGACAUUACGCCAUCUAGCGGACUGGAUGCAGGUUGGCACAACCCCACUGCGUUGGAAUGAGAUCAAACACCACCCAAAAGAACUCGAAGAACGCAGGAAUAAGACGAAUGUCACCUUCGUGGAGUAUCACCCCGCUGCUGCACCGAAGACUACAGCGAUUAAAACGCCUGCAUUGCUUCACGAGACUCUGCAAUCUCUGUCGCAUGAGCAUAUGAAAGAGCCACCCCUCAGACUCUUCAUCGUGGAAGAUCUAUCCCAGCAAGUCAUUGAGCUUUUGGGGGCGCGCUUUGAUCUCGAUCCGUUGUUCUUCCGUGAACAAAUCGAUGACUACGUAUGGCAUAACACUCGCGACCCCUGGGCGUCUCCGCCCAGUCUAAUCUCAAGUAUGAAGCAUCGACCGUGGUUUAGAAUGCGCAACAUGAGAUUACGAUACUUCAAAACAGAAACGGAGUUCCAAGAUUCGAGGUUGGAAGCAAACUCCUGGAAUGUGCUGAGACGCCCUGACAACGAUGAAAAUCAUUGGCACUAUCAAGAUGGACAGGGAGCAGUCGUGUCCAUCAUGCGUACACGGACGACAAUGUGGAUCGGCAAAGACAAGAAGUGUGGAAAUGGAACCGUCGGUAUUGUAUUGCUGGAUCCAACCGUCAGCCAGGGCAAACCACUAUGGUACGAUCGCAGUAAUUGGCUGCCGACCCCUAAGAUGGACACCAAAGUAUACCCGUUGAUCAAAUCCUCCAAAUCUUGGUUCGAAGACAUUGUCCAAAUGACCACUGCGUUUCCAUGGUUUGAGCAGAAAGAAGGCCAUCACAUAAACGCGCAAGUUCUCGCCAAACCAACCAUAUACACCAUCUGCGCAGAAUGGCUUAUAGUAUGCGACUACGUAAGAGCUCGACUCAGCCAAAUAGAAUGGGAACUUGAAAUGCCGCGCCUCUUCCGCUCAAAAGGCGACGCCAUCGACACAUCGCUCAAACGUCUACAUACCUGGCGUCGGCAAAUCCCCGUAUUCCGGGAGAUGGUAACAGAAACGUUGGAACAUGCACUCCCAGCUGCAGCGCGACUCACCACCCCAUCGUCUCAGUAUUCUGCCGCGCCCAACUCACCUCUUUCCGUACGCUCAGUCAUUUCAGAAAACCUAGCUAUCAACUUCGAGAACGUGGAAGGGUUCGAAGACAUAGUCCCUGAUUUCAAACGUGUGCUUGCCGCUGUUAACGAACUACAAGAGCGUGUCGACCGUCUUACUAGCAUUGUUACAUCAGAAAUAUCCAUUGAAGAUUCACGUCGCGGACUUGAGGAAAACCAUAACAUGGCAAGGCUCACAUGGCUGGCGACUAUCUUCAUUCCGUUGACGUUCAUAUCUGGAUUGUAUAGCAUGAACGAGAGUGUUUCAGCGUUGAAAACGACGUAUGGGUGGUAUUUCCUGACCGCCGUGCCGUUCACGUUGAUCGUAAUGGCAAUCGGAUGGGUCGCAGGGGGUGGAAGCCUCACGCCGUGGAGGAAAGAUUCCACAAAGCAAAAGGGCAUGAUUGGGGGGAGGGACAACAAAAGAGCGAAGUAA